AGGAAGGUUCAACUGAAUCAAAAUAACCUGCACCAUUCUCUAAAAAAACCAUGGUGGAGGUCGAAAAUGCACCACCCUAUGAUGUUAUCAUGAAAAUUAGCGAAAAUGAUACCGAGGAGAAAGAACCUGAAGAGAAAGAAGAAAUGGAAGAGGAAUGCCCUGAAGAAGAAGAAGCGCUUCGUAUAGCACUUGAAGCCGAAGACGAUGAUGAACUACUUGAUGUCGAGUCGCCAGAUAUCGAUGAAAUGGACGCAAGCGAUACAUCGUCCUCAGCCGUGGAUUCAUCGCCACAAGCGGACGCAAAUGCUUCAUCACCGAGAAAUUUGGCCACGAUGAUAAUGACAUCUGACACACCGCAGACAUCCACUUCGUCUGAGGUCAUGGUAAUCGGCAGUGUUCUCAGUGUGCCCAGUUCAGCUAAUCAUGUGGAAAAGCGACAUAUUUGUGAUAUCUGUGGAAAGGGAUUUCCUUAUCACUCAAUCCUGGAGUCACACAAGCGUUGCCACACUGGCGAAAAACCGUUCAACUGCCAUUUUUGCGACAAAAAAUUUGCUCAAAAGGCUACGUUACAAGUCCAUGAGCGAACGCAUACUGGAGAGAGACCAUACAAAUGUCGUUACUGCGAGAAAACAUUUGCUCAGUACGGUACAAAGACCGUACACGAGAAGAGCGCUCAUUUAGGUAUCCGAAACUAUAAGUGCCCGAAAUGUGACAAAUGCCUUUCAUCACCGAGUGCCCUAUAUACGCAUAAAAAGACACAUGGAGAGAAAACAUUCCAGUGCGAAUUUUGUCCGAAAACCUUUACGCUGAAGAACUACCUAAAACUUCAUGUGAAGCAAGUUCACGAGCAAAAUGAACGGAAACAUGUUUGCCGUUUUUGUGGCAAAAGUUUCGCCUACGCUGGAAGCCUACAGGUUCAUGUAAGAACGCAUACUGGAGAGCGACCGUAUCGCUGUAGUUACUGUCCGAAAGCGUUCGCCAGUCAAGGAAAUUUACAAUCGCACGAGAGGACGCAUACUGGCGAAAGGCCGUACACUUGUGGCACUUGUGGGCGGAGCUUUAUCCAGAAAUCCCAACUCACCGCUCAUGAAGCCACUCAUGCGUCGAUCCUGUCCGAGACACCAUCCUCGCAACACAACUCGUCCGCUGCCGCCGUCACUGUGAACACAGUCCCUGGAACCACGCCCACCUUGGGAGGUCUCGAGAAGAAAUUGCCAACAACGCCGACGUCUGCCGACUACAUGUGCAAGUUCUGCGGCAAGCGAUACGCCUACGCAAGCAGCUUGUACGUGCACACCAGACUACAUACGGGAGAACGACCGUUUAGAUGCCAAUUCUGCGAUAAGACGUUUACCAACCAAGGCAAUAUGCAGGUGCAUCAGCGAGUACAUACUGGCGAGAAACCAUAUUCGUGCAACGCCUGCGGCAAGAGUUACGCUCAAAAAGUUGGCUUGAAAAUCCAUUUGGAACAAUGUGAAGCCUAUCGAACUGGCCGAACCUCAGAAAGUCCUGUAAAUGUCGACACCGAUUCGGAUAGUUCGGAUAGUAGCCGAAAAAUCGACUUCUCACUGCCAAACAUUUAUGCCAACACCUCGCCACCGACUAGCAACACUUCAGUUGCUUCGCUCUCAAAUUACACACAAUGGAGAGUUCCGGACAUUCUUAGCAAACUCCCAACAUCUCCAUAUGCCACAUUUCAUCCAACCACAAAUAUCGGCACUCCGCCAGCUGAUGUUCCGUUCAGGGCCACUGAGCUUCCACCCCCUGACUUCGGUCCGCUGACCGCAUCAAAACCACCAAUGCAUCCAGAGGUGACAAUGCCGGAAGCGUUUUCGGCUUUCCAUCCACCAUCCUAUACAGCCAAGCCUAUGGAAUCAGCUGUUAUGGAUCCUGGCCUAGCCGCACUUAAAGGUCUUGUCGACAGCGGUCUAUCCGCUCAACUUCUACCACUGCCAAAUCUUCUCUCUCAACAACUCCUCAACACUCAGCUACUCAUUCAACAACUCCAGAAUAACGACGCUCUGUUGUCGUUACUCAGCCACAACGUUACGGCGCUACAGCCACCGCCGCCAUCGGCAGCGGCGCCGGCGCCAUCGCUGGCCCAAGCACCAGCUCCACUGCCACCGUCGCUGCUCGACAGCUUCUUCCCGACCAGCUUACUGCCCGGUCUGCCAAUCUCUGCCGGCCAAACCACACUUCCAUUCAAAAUGGAAGUGAAGCCUGAAUCUAUUGGAUUUGUAUUUGCAGCUCAAUCCCUUUGCCCAGCCCCUUUCGCCUUCGAGCGAUAUCCGCAAAGUUUGCUCAUCGGACAUGCUAUGAAAGUACUUUCUGUCUCCGGACUUUCUGAAUGCCUGUCGCGAUGUUUGACGGCGUCCACAACGUUAAAUACCCAGUGUCGUUCGCUGAUGUACUUUUAUGAAUCCGGUGAAUGCAUCAUAAACAGAGAAAGACGAACAGACAAGCCGGAUUUGUUUUUGGAAGGAGUCCAAGAUCAGUUGGUAGACUACUUCGAGAACAACUGUUUGGAUGUUCAAUGUUUCUCCGGACAGUUACAUUGGAUCAGGACUGAAGAGUACUCUAUAAGCCAUGAGAAGGACGUUAUUAUUGAGAGUAUGAGCAUGGAAGAGUGCAGAACUGUUUGUCAGGUGAAUCUCAUCGGAACAGAACGAUUUCCUUGCAGAGCUUUUGUUUACAAUUCAGGCAAAAGUGAAUGCCAUUUAUCAGCCGAAUCAGGGUACACAGGCCAUCGCGGUAACUCUUUCAAUCUGAAUCCGAUAUCAAGUGGUGAAUAUUUUGAAAAGUACUGCUUACAAGUAUCAAUCGCCUGCAAAGAUGCAAGUUUUGAGCAAGUCCCGGACAGAAAAAUGACAUCCAUACCGUACAAGGAAUUCGGCUCUACCAGCAUACACAAAUGCCUUGCCACAUGCCUUGAAGAUGGGGCACAAUGUGCUACAGCUGUAUAUAACUACGAUAUCGACCUGUGCUCCCUAUCUGAAACGUCCCAAUUCUCGAACCCUGAACUGUUUGUCCCGGCUGAGAACACCGAUUAUUUUGAUAAAGUCUGCGAUCCUGCACCUGCUGCCAAACGUAGUGCCGUUGAAGGAGUUACGAACAUUCCGCAGUCGAAUGCUAUAGACACGAAUGAGGAUGAUAGAGUGACAUCCCUUGUUCGAGCUGAUGAAGAAGAAGUCUCGAAAGCUGUGAGAUAUAUAAUGACCUCGAUACCACCGGAUGACGACGAUGUCACUACCACCUCCAAUAUCGUCGGUCAGAAAGAGGCAGAAGCCGAAGGCAUUGUCAUCGAUGACAUGGCUGAGUUCGAGAACGUGCAGCGCACUUCCAAUACAGUCAAAGCUCGAUUGAGUUCGGUAUGUCAUAUGUCGGGGAUUAAUGUAAAUGUCGAGUUUGCCAGCCCUACCUCAGGAUCCAUCUACAUCAAGGAUCACUUUGCCACCUGUCGCAUGGAGUUUUCGAAUGCGACAACAUCAUUUUUAAACAUACCAUUUCCCACAAACGAUGAUCCCAAUCCGAAAUGCCCAGGAACGGAAAUUGCUCCAUCGAUGUGGUCGUUCUCUGUCAUUGUACAGAAAAACGACAUGGGCUCACCCUCAUUGGUAACCUCAACGGAUAGGAUGUUCAAUGUAUCGUGCGAUUACACUGAGAUUGAAAAAGAAAAGGGCUCAACAACCAUCACAAGCGAAGGAGCGAAUGAAGUGACAUCUACUCGUAUAGAUAUGCAAAUUCUUAGAAAUGGUCAAGCAGUCACUACCGUACCUCUUGGCGAGGAAGUGGAACUGCGAUGGACAAUUACGGACACAUCAGACGGUCUUGGUUACUUUGUGGACGAAUGCAAAGCAGAGAGAGUUGGUGGCUCACCACCGGAACCGGAACCACUAAAGCUUAUUGACCAUGGGUAA